AUGAGGGCUCAUGCUGCGUUCUGGGCCAUCGUAAGGGCAAAAGGGACCACGUUGGGUGCGAGGACAAUCGCUGAGAAUGCGGCGAAUGACCCCCAGAAAGCGUCAGAUUGGCUUAAAGAGAGAGCAGACCGCACCGACAUCGACGUGGCGGAUGGAGCUCUGCUGGGCAGAAUUGGUCGGUACAAGGAAGCGAGUACGAACUACGUUGCUACUAUUCGUACGGGUGAGCUACUGCGCCUCUCACAAGCAUGCAGGGCGUCGGACGAAGCCAAGCAAGCGUUAAGAUCGGUCUCAACGAUACUGAGCUGCCUAAUAAGCGACGUAGGUUGGCAGGUACCAGGGGACAGCCGAAGCUCUGUUGUUGGUGCAAUUCGAGCGGCGGCUACAGCUAUCGAAGCCGCAACAACUGUUGCCUUGUUGUCAUCGGAGGAUGAAGUGUCCGACAUGGUGGCCAAGUGGCGCGACGACGAGUCAAGAGCUCGGCGCAAACUGCACGAGGUGAUUGCAGCAGGUCGCGAAGACAAAAGCUUCUCUGACAUCUACUUGACGCGGGACCAACAUCCAGGUAAAAUGCAAACGUUUUCCGCGUUAGGGUGGCUCGACGUGGAGGACGUCCUCUCGUAUGUAUCUGCAAACACGCUGCGUGAUGGUAGCGAGGAAGCCGAAGCUGGCGAUAGUUCUAUCCGCCCGGCCAGAUCCAAACGAAAAGGCAAAGCUAAACGCCGUCGAGCCCGGAGUAACUCUAGCAGUUAG